UUCAUCAGUAUGAUCUGGCAGAAAUAUUCAGUCGGCGCGAAGCGCCAUCUAUGUUAACGAACAUUUAUUUUCAGCGUCUCCAACCUUUUCGGAACGAUGUCCCACCAGCACUCUGAAGAAGACUGGGUUCACUGUACGUUGUGUCGUGCUGAGAGGCAGGGCCAGGCUGUAUUUCAUAAAGCCAAACAAAGGAGGAUAGACUGGCCCCGAACAAAGCAGUAUUCUACUCCACCAGUUCAGGACCCCCUAGUCUACACAAGUAUCGAUGAUGCUUUUUCCAGUGUUCUGCAAUACAUGACAACAACAUCAAGACAGUGCAGGCGAUACUAUAGCGGUUGCAGUCAAACAAAUAAAAAUCACCAAGACCAGGAUCACUGCAGAAGAUUCCACACACCCAAAUACACCAUGGUGCAGCGAAGAAAUCCACUUCAAUCUGCAGAAGAUGUCCAUGUUGUUGUUCAUCCUGGUUCCUAUGCCGUGACUGCCGGAGCAUGGGGAUCUCCCAGACAGCAGACACAUAUAGUUAAUGUGGACAGAGGGCAAAGUGUCAAUCUAGAUUUUGUAUUUUAGUUGCACAUCAUUUUGUACCAUUCAUGAACAUUGGCCAUUUAUAUUUAGUGUAACAGAAUCAUUGUCAGCAAUUCUUGAUACUCCAAAACUUUCAGAUAUCCUUUAUAUCUACAUCAUCCUUUAUAUCUACAUCAUAAAUCAUCCGUUAAAUCAAGAUGGCUUUAUUAAAUACAAUCUGACAAGAAUCCAGAGUUCACGGCUGUGUAGAUGGGACAUUUUUAUGCAUAUUUUCUAGCAAAAGUUAUUUUUUUCUUUAUGUACAUUCCUUUUAUAUAUUUUUUAAAAUGUAGUUGGAAGGCACAUAUUAUUUUCCAGUGAAGAUGUUUUAUAGUUUUCUGAAGAUGCUCAAGAUCAUAGAGUCCAUGUUAAGUGUUAAAGAAUGACACUGCAACCAGUAUAUACACAGCAUUUAGUUGUAGUUAUA